AAGAAGAAAAAACUAAAACUCCUCAACAUUCGAGUUCCCCAAAUUCGAAUUCCUAUAAAGCUUUCCCACUGAAGUUUCUAAACAGAAUUAGGAAAAGUGAAUUCUCAACCUGAAUAGUGAAUGAGUAUAUAUGAAGAAAUAAAUUGCCAAUGGAUCUAUUUGAGAAUUUGCUUAAAAAAGUUUUAUUUUGAGAAAACAAAAAAAAAGUUAGUUGGUCAAGGUAAUUUACUGUGAAUAAACAGUAGGACAACAAAUAGCCUUAUCAACAUCAAUAUUUUAAGGGGUAGGUGAGUUGAAGAAUAAUGAGAGCUCUUUGCGGUACAGCUCAUGGCUAACUACCAUUUCAUACUCGUGCACUUCUCUCAAGUCGAUUCUGGAUUCUAUAUUACAUUGAAAUUACCUAAAUUUUGAACUGAGGGAAGCUUCUAGCUAGUGAGAUAUGAAGAGAUCUGAAGAAGAGUUUAAGGGAGGGAAGCUUCUGGUCUAGUGGAAUCUCAAGAGUUGAAGAAAAAGAGGUAGUGGAAGCAGAGCAGAAAGGGCAGAAACAGAUUUCAUAUUGUUACAGAAAAGGAGCAUGAUGAAAUUUCUAAGGUGUGGAGGGAAGACAGGUAUGAAUAAUGAUGACGUGGAAAAUAACUACAAGGGAGAAGAACAACCUUCAAGGAAUGUGAUAGAAAGCUCAGAAGAACGACGCAGUGAUGAAGCUAAAGCACAUGGUUGGUGGUUGUUGCCAAAGAAAACAUACGAUUCAAUAAAAGAGAACAAACCUGAAUCCGAUUGGAGAGAAAUAGACGAUGACACUAUACUGCAACAGAGGCCUAGAGGAAACACGGUGCUGCAUAUAGCAGCUCUCUACGGAAAUGAUACGUGUGUGGAGAGAAUAGUUGAAAUUGGUCCAGGCCUUUUGAGAGCAAAAAAUAGUAAUGAUGAUACACCACUGCAUGUUGCUGCAAGAUCUGGCAACAUCUCUACUCUUAAGAUUUUGUUGGAUGCACUUUUCCGUCAUUUAGAUCCAAAUUCUGAAGAAGCAAAAGAGGUCAUCUUUGUAACUAACAGGCAGAAAAAUACUUUCUUUCAUGAGGCCUUACAGAAUGGUCACAAAGAUGUAAUGAAGAUUUUUGAUUCUUCACAAGACUUCAACAAACUGGUUGAGGAAACUGUUUUUGUUACUACAAACAAUAACGACAAAUCAGUUUUGCGCUUAGCGAUUGAGAAAGGUUACGACGACAUUGUAGAUGAUAUAUUGACCAGAAUAAUUCCAAGUAAUGAAGAGAAAUAUUCACUCCUGGUAAAAGUCAACACAGAACCAAUAUCGAACCAUGUAGAAUUCUCCUAUCCUGAUGGCGGUCCUGUUGGUAAGAACACUAUGGAAAUAAUAACUGUGUCGAAAAGGUACUUCAAUUUGUUCACACCUUGUAGAGGACACAUGCUGUUAACUGUGUUAGACCCUCUGUUUACGUUAGACCCUCUGUUUAUGUUAGACCCUCUGAUAGCAGGGUUUAAUAGAAGAGUUUUACACAAGGCCGGGCGCAUGGCAUUUAUGGAUAUUGAAAUGGAAAAAAAAGGUAGAAGCAUGCCAACAUUUUCAAAAAAUGAAGGCGCCCGAUCACCAGCCAUUGUGGCAAUCUUAAGAGAGAAUAAAGGUAUUCUAGAGAAAAUAGCAAACAGAAAGAAAGAAUGGAUUCAUGGUAAGGAUGACAAAGGAAGAAAUGCUCUUCACUAUGCAGCUUCCAAAGGUUACCUAAAUGGUGUUGAGUGUUUGCUUCAAAAGUGUGAUACCUGCAAUAUGGAAACAGACAGAGAUGGCUUUUAUCCUAUUCAUCUGGCUUCUGCAUGUGGACAUAUUGAAGUGGUAAAGAAAUUGCUUGAAAACUGUCCCAAUCCCAAAGAAAUAAUUGAUAACAAAGGUCGAAAUAUUGUUCACAUUGCAGCUAUAAUGGGACAGUUUGAUGUGGUAAGGUAUGUCUUGCACGAUGUAAAUGACGUAGUUAAAGAUAUGAUAAAUGGCAAGGAUUACGGUGGAAACACUCCUUUGCAUUUAGCUGCCUCACAUUACCGUCCAAAAAUUGUGCAAGCCUUGACAUGGAACACAAGUGUGGAUCUCAAUUGGCUUAACAACAAUAACCAAACAGCUCUCGAUGCUUUUGAACAAUUUAAACAACAAAAUAAUCCACCUAUCGUACAGCGGCUAACAUGGUGUCAACUAAAAUCUGCUGGUGUACAAAAUGCUGAAAGAGGGUCACACUCUAUUGAAGUCCCUUCUUCCCCUUUCAAACCAAAAGCCAAAAAUACAGAGUUUUAUAAAGACAGAAUCAACACUCUUAUGGUUGUUUCCACCCUUAUAACUACAAUAACAUUUGCUGCAGGUUUUACUUUGCCUGGUGGAACUAAUAGUUCUACUCCAGGAGAAGGCAUGGCUCUUAUGCUGAAUCAAGUGUGGUUUAAACCAUAUAUUUUAUGCACCACCAUAUCUAUGUAUGGUGGCAUUAGUGUCACUAUUAUACUCAUUUGGGCUCAACUGGGAGAUGUAACUUUGGCUCUUUUUGCCCUUAAAGUGGCAAGACCCCUUUUAGGAAUAACUCUUGCAACCCUGUCAGUGGCAUUCUUGGCUGGUGUCCACCUUGUUAUAAGCGAUCUCAGUUGGUUGGCCACUACUCUUCUGAUUUUGUGUGUGGUCUUCAUUAUCUUGCUUUUGUUAUUGUACACUCUUCUCUGGUUUCCCUCAGAAUCAAGCAACCUAAUAAUGCGAUACAUUUCUUUCUAUCCUUUUCAGUUUCUAACAUGGUUAACUGAAAAAGAUUCAAUUGAAGGCAUAUUUAGAUUACAUGACUUUAAUACUGAUACUAAAGAACUGGAAGAACAUGAAUAUGGAGGAAAGCAAACAGAAGAAACAGAUGAAGUUGAUGAAGGAGAGAACGAGAAGGAUCAUGAUGAAGACGAGGACAAUGACAAUGAUGAUUAG